CCAGGCAGUCUCUAAUCAAUGGGUCGCACCAGUGUGUGACAUCAGUUGUACAGCUGGUUGGUGAGAUAGAGGAACACAUAUGACUGGUGUGGUUCCCCAUCCCCUCCACUUCCUGAAAAAAACAUGCAAGACAGAAAGAGCGACUUGAGAAAGACAGACAGAAAAUCUACAAGGAGGACACAGUUAAGAAGACAGAGAAAGCCUGUAUGUGGCUGUUUUUUUUUUUACUUCACACCGGCUCUUCAGGAUCCAUUACUUCAAACAAGAUUGAUGACUGAGCAGUUGUAAGACUAGACCUACACCCCCAUCAUAACAACCUGACUGGACACACUGCCAUGGAGACCCUGGACAUCACCCUGACACACUGGUUUCAGGUGAGAGAAUACGACCAGAAGAGUGAGCAGCGGGAAGAGAAACACAAGGAGCUCCGGGGACGCAACAACGUCACUUCCUGUCGGAGCCCAACCAGAGAACUGGACACACGGUGGAUCAAGAAGGAGCUGAGGCGGAAGAGACAGCAGGAAUUCCACAGAAGACGAUCAGUCAGCCCAGAAAGGGCCAAAGCCUCUGGAAAAGUCAAGGACGACAGUUGUGUCAUCUGUGACACAGCCAAGUCAGAGACGGUGCGGGCUAAGGUCAGUGUGAUACCUAAGUCAAAUCUGCCGGGGUCACAAAGGGCGAAAGCCUCUGCAAAGGUCAAGGACGACAGUUGUGUCAUCUGCGACGAAGCCAAGACAGAGUCUUUGCAGGGUAACAUCACUUGGCCACAGCCCCCUAGGCCUAUGUCCAAUGGACGACCAUUGAUAAUGGUUAAGAGAAUAAAGGCGUCCAAAGAUGACCUGGACAACAGUGAAUGGGCCUCAAUAUGGACAAAUCAAACACCAGUGAGGAAAAAUGAGAAGAGCAGUACUAGAACACUAGAGGCAGUUUUCUCUACCUUGACCACCUCGACCAGACAACCACCCACCUCCACCCCUACCUCCACCCCAACCAUCUGCACCUCGACCAGAGAACCACCCACCUCCACCCCUACCUCCACCCCAACCAUCUGCACCUCGACCAGAGAACCACCCACCUCUAAGAAGAACUCUACCAGAAAACAGGAUUCAGUUCCACACACAUCCACACCGAUCAAAGAACCACACACCAGCACCCCAACCUCUACCCCGAAGACGUCCACCCCGAGCAGAGAACUAGUCCAGCCCAGGUUAAAAGCCUCCACAAAGAAAGAUAAGGGCAUCCUGAAGGGUACAGGUGAAUCAAACCGAGCUAAAAAGAGACAGCAAGAAGCCAGCGUACAGACAGAGCCUGGCUAUGUUACCGUCAAGGAAUCUGAAGUUCUUCAGCUGGCUGAUUACUUGCAGGAGGCUCUAUGGAGAGAGGAGGGCCUGAAGAACAAGUUGGCUGUUCUCCAGAAGCGUGGCUCCACCCUGCUACACCACUCUGACACUCUAUGGACUACUCGCUGCAAUGAAGACCUACUAAAGAACAAGAUCAGAGCAUUAGAAACGCAGCUGCAAGUCUGUCUGCAGAAACAGAAGCUCCCCUGGGAUGGAGUGAAGCUGGCGCUACAGAUGGAGAAACAGAAGGGCGCGUAUGAGGAGAAAGCCUUGGAGGCCAUCCAGAGGGCUACAGAGGAGAAACAGGAAGCGCUCAGCCAGGCCGAGACACUCGAGAUGCUGCUGCAGGCAGCCAGGGUGGAGUCGGCGCAGUGGCAGGGUCUGUGUGAGGAAAUGAAGGACAGCUCAGAACAGCUGAAGAAGAGACAGGAGAUCAACUCUGAACAGGUUCUACAGCUGCAGAACCAACUGGAGCUUGCCAGGGGUCAGGAGGCGGGGCUGAGGGAGGAGCUGGGGGCAGUACAGCAAAUGGAGGAGGAGUUACAGUCCAACAUUGUUCUGCUGGAAGAACAGAACCAGAACCUGAGGGACCAGAUCCAGGAGAUGAGAGAUGCCAGGGCUGAGACUCAGGAGGAGUCCCUGGAGGAAUCCUUGGCCCAGUUGACUGUUUUAUCAGAGGAGUCCGAAGAGUGUGAGCAGACCCUGGCCCGGUUGACUGUUUUAUCAGAGGAGUCCGAAGAGUGUGAGCAGACCCUGGCCCAGUUGACUGUGUCGCUGGAGCAGCCAAAGGAGGAGGAGGAGGAGGAGGAGGAGGAGCAGCUGAUUGUAUCGUCACAGCAGAAGCAGUUAUCAUGGGGAGAUGGAGAUCAGGUUGCGGAGCAGCUCCGUCACACUCUGGACCGACUACAGCUGAAGGAGAGAGAGUGUGAGGAGCUGCAGAAUGAGCUGGAGGCCGUGGAGGCAGAGUGCCAGUCGUGCCAGGUCCGCCUGACGCAGUGCAGGGAUGAACUCAGACAGCUCAGCCACCGACGCAGCAGCAGGAAGCCCUGUGUCUCCUGGUUGUGGCUCUGUGUUCUACUACUAACGCUCCUGUCCAUGGUGGCGGCGGCCAUCUUGUGGGCAUGGCAUCCUCCCUUCAAGGACCAAAUCCAGGACCUGUACUCAGCUGUAGAGGAACACAUAGAGGACUAUCUACUGCAGGCUGCCUCUCCACAACAUGUUGGCUGCUUCAGGCCUAUCUGACCACAGCACUAGCCUGUGUCCCACAUCGGUUUGGGCUCUCUUGCCAACUCUAUGACAUUGGACUUGGCAAGACAGUACAAAGAGAUCUGGGACUCAGGCUACCACAGCACAGGAUUAGGAUUAGGAUUUAUAGUUUGUUUUGUGUAUAUUCAGAUUUUUUGUUGUUGAGUAUUAUUAAUUUAUGUUUUAACAAAAAUCUAAUAAAAACAAUCCAAAUGAUUAAAGGAAAAACAAUCUAUUCAUUUAUUUUAUAUUUGAUAACUAUUUGAGAACCUUUGUGUGCCUUUAUAGAUGAGUUGAGAAUGACGACUGAGAAUGAGUUGCUUUUGAUUUCAACUUUUUAAGGAGUCUCUCUGCAUAUAUAGUUUGAUUUAUUUAAACAUGAAUGUUUACAAUGUUACACAUAACACAAACCCGGGGAUAAAAAUAACAAUUUACUGUCUACCAGUGGAGGCUGGUGAGGGGAGGACGGCUCAUAACAAUGGCUGGAAUGGAGUCAAUGGAACGGUAUCAACCACAUGGAAACCAGGCGUUUGAUACCAUUCCACUGACUCCAUUUCAGCCAUUGUUAUGAGACGUCCUCCCGUCAGCAGCCUCCACUGCUACCUAUGCAUCAUUAUGUAAUAAUUGUUCAAUAUCUGUGUUUGAAAUGAUUAUAUUUGGCUAAUGUACUACAUAUUUUAGUUGGACAAAAAUCGUGCAGAUCAUGAAAAUAAUUUGGCUAAGUAUCAUAAUAAGUAUUCUGUUUUGAGUCAUUUUGUUUGAGAAACAGAGACCGGGAUUCAAUCCGAUCAGCUGUAGAUCCGCGUUGUAAUGCGCUUGACAUUUAAAGGUAAUGUCCGAGGCGACAUAUGCAGCGUUUACCGUGAACGCGGUCUCCACAAGUGUGGAAACAUUGCCUUUAAAAGGUGCACAGCAGAUCGGAUCGGAUCUCGGCCUUAAUGUUCAUGAUUGUGUUUACAUUAUUGUCACAAAUGCUGUCCAUUUUCUUUAUACAAACAAUUCAGCUAUAAAUAUUUAUUGGUCAAAUUUGUGGAAAUCGACUGUAAUAAAAUGACUGGGGAAGGUCCAAUAUAGUAACAUUUUA